UUUUUAUUUAAGUAGCAGGUGGAAAAUCGGUUCCUUCCAAGGCUGACAGGAUGAACAUGUAUGCAGUGCCCAACCCGGGGAUCCCAGGCUGCCCCCCAGGACUAGAAUACCUGACUCAGGUGGAUCAGCUUCUAAUCAAACAGAAAGUGGAGGUGGUUGAAGCCCUCGUCGGCUUCGAAAGUAAUAACAAGUAUGAAGUCCGCAACGUCAUGGGUCAGAAUGUGUUCUACGCCGUGGAGGAGAACGACUGCCUAAGUCGACAGUGUUGCGGUCCCAUGCGUUCUUUCACGAUCCACGUCCUGAACAACUUUGGACAGGAGGUCAUCACCGUCACCAGGCCUCUAAAGUGCAUGUCCUGCUUCUUCCCAUGUUGUCUACAAGAGCUGGAGGUACAGGCUCCCCCCGGGAACACAGUGGGAUACAUUGUACAACAGUGGCACCCGUUCUCCCCUAAAUUCAUCGUCGAAAACGAACACAAAGAGCCUGUACUGCGGAUCCACGGGCCCUUCUGUGGAUGGAGCUGCCUUCCAGAUGUUGACUUUGAGAUUAUAACCAUGGAUGAAGUCAGCAAGAUCGGGAAAAUCAGUAAGCAGUGGACGGGACUUCUUCGGGAAGCGUUCACAGAUUCAGACAACUUUGGCAUCCAGUUUCCCAUGGAUCUGGAUGUGAGGAUGAAGGCGGUAAUGAUCGGUGCCUGUUUUCUCAUUGAUUUCAUGUUCUUCGAGACCACCAACUAAGAGCCAGUGUGAUACAACAGUUCUGGAAGAACAAAACCACAAAGCCAUGAAGAUCACUCUAAAAUGUCCUAACAUAGACAACCUUCAAAUGGCUAGAUUAAAACCAAGUACCAUAAGGUAUCUGUGUGUUACAAUUUUGCAUGACCAACGAAGUAGGUUUGUUUUAGUUUUAGCUGCUCAGGUUCACAGUUAAAACACGACGUUGAAUGAAGUUCUGGUCUGGGCAGUACUUUUAGACAUUUUUUUUUUUUUUUGUGCUUACGUUACGGCUGCUGAACCCAUGAUCUGGGCCCAGGACCCUCAACUGGAACAGAGAACAUUUAUUUAUUUAUUUACAUGAACAGGAAACAGUAUUUCAGGCAGGUGCUGUGUAAGAAAGCUGGGCGUUGUUUUGGUUGGUAUGUAAAAGCAGUCAGUCAAAUAGCAUUUAUAGUCAUAUUACCAGUCAAAAUGUCAAAACUUUAUAUAGGACACCAUAUGCUUGUAGGUAUAUUGUGUGAGGAAUGGCACAUGUAAUGUAGUACUAUGUAGUCAAGACAUACAAUGCCCUUAUUUACUGUUUUAUACUAAUAAUUUGACAUAGAGCAAUGUGCGCACUGCUUAGUGAGUGUGUGUUUGUGUGCUAUGAGUGUAGCUGUGUGUAAACUAAUGGAAACGUAAACUAUCAUAGGAAACAAAGUGAUGUUUUCAAUGCCAUACUUAAUAUUGUCAAAGCUGUAGGGGUUGUUCAUUCAGGAAUGGAGUGGGUCAUAACUUGACUUUCAGUUCCACUUUUGCCCACAUGAGGGAGCUAUUUUUUCAUUUAAGAAUAACCCCGAACACGUUCCAAAUGAACAAACUCGCUACCUGCAAAUGCCAUAGGUUUUUAUUAAAAUAUAAGUGUCAAAUGACAUUGUAUAUUUUUGAACAAACUCAGGUUGAUAUGCAUGCUACUGUAAUGAUAUUGUUGGCUAUUGCUGGCUCCAGGAAUUACACACCUGCAACUUUUACUAUGAGUAUAAGGACAGAGUGAUAUUUUAGAAGGAUUUUUGUAAAUUAGAACAUUUGUAUUAAUUUCUUAAAUUGUUUUGUCAAUGUUGGAUUACACGUGUUGUGCCAGCGCUGUAUUUUUAACUUAAAUGUUUGACAAGAUGUUCAGUUGCUUUCCAUCAAAUCCCCCUAAAAAUGGUUUUGCAUCAUACUUCACUGUAAAAUUCAGUAAUUUAAUGAGCAUUGCCCUUUAUUUAACUACAGAUACUAAAAGUAAUGUAGCAAAUGCAUCUGUAUCACCAUUAAGGUUAUUAGGAGCUUUUCUGUUUCAUCAUGAUAAAGAGUAUUUAUUCCAUUAGUUGGCAAUCCAGUGCUCUGAACAGAAAAAAACAGCCAUCUGAUGUCUUUUUUUCUGACAUAAAUUGAGUCGUAAAAGCCCAGAGACUCUUGCAUUUGAAGUUGUUAUUUUUGUAAAUACACUGCCAGUUGAAGAGUUUCUCUUGGAGACCUGCUUUAUCAUCCUGCCUCCGUGUAUUGACACUUGUCUGUGGAGUCAUUUUAAUGGAUGGAUUUCUUUCAUUCUCUGAGUUGCUUUUUAAAACUCAAUUUUAUGCCUUUGGUUACAAUGAAGGAUUUGGGGUCGACUGUUUUUUAUUUUUUAUUUAUUUAUUAAUUGCUGUCAGUUCAGUCAUCACAGCUUUAGUUUAAUUUAAUGUAGAAAUGACAGACAUGGCAUAUAAAUGGACCCGUGUAUUGGCAUGUGUUGUUUUGUCAAAUGCAUUAAUAGUAUAAGAUGCCGGUGCUACGUCCUCUGAAGGCUCUAUGAUUGUGUUGAAAAGCCAAAAAAUUAGAGUCACAAUGUGAUACAAAGGGAAUUUAGCUAUUCCCAUUCUGUUAUGUAUUAAAAAGUUAUUAUUAGAGUUGUUAUUCUUCUACUUUUGCACUAAAACUGUGAACUAAUGUACCAUUUAGUCUUGCAAUGGAUGCAAACAAACUCUGUGAGCAAAGCUUAAAUUGUGCAAAUAGUCUAUGAAAACACUUCAAUAAAAAAUAAUAAUGACAUUGCGA